GUGAAAAUUGAUAACAUGCAGUCUGUGUUUACAAUUUACAGCGGUUCAGCAGUUGAAUGUAUUUUUCAUAUUAAAUAAUUUUUGUUGUAGACUUGUUUGUCCUUAUACCCUCAUUUUAUAUGAAAUUGUAAUUCAUAUUAAUAGCAUUAAAAUGUUUAAACUAAUUAAAUUGAACAAUGUUCGAACUUGUAUCCGAAUACCCAACAAUACAUAUGCAGCACCCAGCGGUAUGUGAAUAUUACAAAUUUAUAUUUUAAUUGUAUUUUAUAAAAUGAUAAUUAUACUAUUGUUUUAGGUAUUAUGGGAUUGGGAAAAUCAAAAAAAAAAUUGGGCAAAGGGGGUCCAAUUUUAGAAAAAUUUGAACUUCCUGUUGAAACUGAUGCUAAGAAAUUGGUUAAAUUUGUGUGUGGAAGUAAUAUUUUAAAAGAAGGGCAAGAUGUAGAAUUAAAACCUAACUCAGAAUACCCAGAUUGGCUUUGGAAAUUGAAUAUAGGUAACGCAUUUUAAAUUAUUAAUGUAAGGUAAUAUGUACAUAAUAUGUUUUGUUAACUAUAUAACCAUACAUUUUAUAUUCUAACAAGAUUUAUUGAACAUUAUAGUUUAGUAUUUAUAUUACAUUAUAUUUUCAAAAGAUUUAAACAUAAAUGCAAAUACAUUUAAAUGCCCAAAAAUACUUAAUAUAUGCAUUAUUGUUUUAUACACUAUAUGGUGAAUAAAACUGGGUGUAAAUAAAAUAAUUUUAAAAUUAACAUAACAAAUCUUGCAUUAAAGUUUGUGUAAAAACAAUAGAAAAUUAAAAAACUAUCAAACUUGACAUAUUAUAUAAUUAAUUUUAUAAAAACAGUAAAACAAGCCAAAUUAUUUAUACAUUUGAUUUUAAUUAUUUCAGUAAUAAAUUAAUAUAGUACUUAUUAUUAUUUAUUUUUAGAUGGACCAUUACCAUUACAAGAAUUGGAUCCAAGUACUAAACAGUAUUGGAUAAAAGUACGAAAAAUUGGAAUGAAAAGAAAUAAUUUAUUAAAUAAAUUAAAACGGUUUUAGUCAUAUAAAUAAAUAAGUAGCGUAUAUUAUAUUGCUGUUGUGUAUUUCUAGAUUCAAUCUAUUUUGUGUCGUUUAAUAAAAAAAGUUUAUUUUUAUUAGCUUCUGAUGAGAUUUAAGUUAAUAGUUUAAAAUUAUCAAUAAUUUGCAUAUUAAGACACUGUUUUUUAUUAGUACAAUUUUAUAUUCAAAUUCUAUUUAUUUUAUUUUCCCCUCUCAAAAAUAAUAUAUCCAUUUCUAAAAGCCUGUAUACAAAGGUAAUAUAGUUAGUAGAAGGUAAUAAUAUUGUUCAUUAAUUUAUUUUUAAUCAAUUUGUUUGAAUAACAAACAUGUUAGGUGUAGAGUCUAUAUUGUAGACCAUUACAAUUAAAUUAGUCCAUCAAUUGUUUGUUUCAUACUUAAUUCAAGUAAAUUCUCAAAAUUAAAAAAAAAAUGCAUUCAUGUUUUUUGCUGACAGUUAUGUUCAAAUUUAAAUAAUUUUUUUUUGAAAUUUGGGCAUUCUUAACAUAUAUAGAAUAUAGCAUUUAUCAUUUUAAAAUCAAAUAUAAUAAAUACUACUUUCCUUGAUUGUGGAUUAAUGUUGUAUUAAACAAUAUUUUGUUAAAAUAACCAUUUAUGAGUAUAUUCAUUUUAGAUUCAUAAUCUAACUAAAAAUAUACCUAUUUGAUUAAUUUUUUCUGUCAACAACUUUUCUAUCAGAAAUCCAGCUUCAAUCAAAAAAUGACAAGAAAGCUUUUUAGCAGUAUUUUGGAUUUAGUGGCUAGGUAAGUCAGUUUUUGAUUUUUCUUGCAGUUUUUAUAAUAACUGGGAACAAACAGGACAAUUUACAGAAAUAACAGUUUCAUUAUCACAUUCAUCGGCAGUAUCAACACUUUUUUUGUUUUACAUUUAGUUAUGUUAAAUUAAAUUGAAGACUACUUACCAUAUAAUGAUGUUAUGUAAAAAACCUUUUAUAAUAAGC